AGCAGUAUUUCUUGGAUCACAACAUACAGCCACACUAUUUUAUUUGGCGCGUUUUGUUGUUUACAGGGAGAAAUCUUGUGAAAUUAUUGUUUAAAACAAUUAAGAAAACAUACAAACAGAUCAAAAUGAAUGAUUCAUUUGGUGAUUUCAAUGCCACACAGACGGCACCGGCGGGCGCCGCCAGCGAAAAAAAAGGAGAGGGAAUUGUGCCAUUGGUGGUGAAGCAAAUUGUGGAUGCGCCCGAGGGCAAUAUUGAGAUGUUUGGCAUGCAGUAUGGCAUGGCGUGCCUGGUGGCAAUUGUGCGAAAUGUGGAGACUUCCUCCACCAAGAUAACAUACACGCUGGAGGAUCACAGCGGUCGCAUCGAUGCCCACUACUGGCUGGAGGAGGGUGAUGCCCUUAAGGCACCCGAAGUGAUGCUGAACAACUACGUCAAGGUCUAUGGCACCACACGCUCGCAGGCGGGCCAGAAGACGUUGAUGGUGUUCAAGCUGCUGCCCGUUCUCGAUCCCAAUGAGGUGUGCACACAUCUGCUAGAGGUGCUCAAUGCACGCUACAAGGCUGAGGACUAUCAGACCAAGGGCGAUGCGGGCUCUACUGCCAUGGCCACAGAUUUCACCGCCUCCCAGAGCUCGGCCAUUGUGAGUGGGUUGGAUGCCAAGCAGCAGGCUGUGUUCCAGGCCAUCAAGAGCAACAUGUCCGAGGAGGGCAUCAGUCGCAAGGAGCUGAAGGCCAAGUUCUCGCACAUCAGUGAUGGCGAGUUGACCAACAUUUUGGACUUUAUGAUUUCGGAGGGUCACAUUUACUCCAGCAUAGAUGCAGAUCAUUUCAUUUGCACCAUGUAAAAGGCAACCUAUAAUCGCUUAUCUUGUAAUUUAAUGAAUAAAUGUUUAAGUUUAUUGAAAUGAAUGGCGA